GCUUCAGGCUUCCCGCGGGGUAAUUAAAUGGAACUAUAGCGGGAAACUGUAGACCCAGGCCCCCAAAGAAAAAACCUCGCGAACAGGUGCAUGAGUGAGUGAGUGAACGAAUACUUUUGAAUAAAUGAGUGAACGCAUCCACAAUUACAGAACGUCUAAUAAAAUGGUCUUAAAAUGGCGGCCAUCUGACUUUUCGUGCGCUCUCCCAUUUUCCUCACCCUUGUCGAUCUGGGGUUUUCUUCAAUCAUUGUUUCUCUUACUUGUGAUGUUGUAG